AUGAGCAUAAAGCUUUCGCUUUCGCUUCCAGAGCGCACUUAAUUUUACUUACGACUUCUGCAUUUAAGUUUGCGUUGAGGUAUCUUUGUCUAUACCAUUUUAUACAUUUCUUUGUGUUGUUAGGCUUCUGUAGGCUUUUGUGAUUAAAAUCAUACCAGAAGUGUGGGCGGCAUCAGAAUAAAAAAUAUUGAUAUUUUUCCGUUUGCAAGGUGGGAACGUGAUAAAACUGUGGCUCGAGCCACCUUGCACAUGCCUUUCUGACGUUUUCAACUGGAGUUUUGUUCCUGUAAGACAAAGUUAUGUGUUGAAGAUGGAAGAAGGAGCCAAGUUGCACCUGAAAGAGUGGCUGAUAGCUCAGAUUGAGAGUGGGAAAUAUGAAGGACUGUGCUGGGAGGAUGAGGACAAAAGUAUGUUCAGGAUCCCGUGGAAACACGCAGCCAAGAAGGACUACAAACAGACGGAGGAUGCAGCUCUCUUCAAGGCCUGGGCUGUGUACAAGGGCAAAUACAGGGAGGGGAGGGAUAAAGCUGACCCCACCAUGUGGAAGACCCGUCUCCGCUGUGCACUCAACAAGAGCACAGACUUCCAGGAGGUCCCUGAACGCAACCAGCUGGACAUCACAGAGCCAUACAAAGUCUACCGGAUUCAGCAUGACAAUGGGCCUGCCAAGCCAGCAGAGUCUCCACAAAUAAAGGAUCAAGUGAUUAUCCAGGCUAAAAGGUCUCCAAAGAGCCCUGGUUUUCUGGACAAACAGCUUCAAUUUCAAAAUGAAUCAUUUCAAGCAAAUGAAGAAGAAGAAAAACCAUUUACUGAGGAUCUGAUGAGGGAGCACAUGUACUGUGAAUUAACAGAGAAAAAAACUCAAAAUCGGGUCCCUGUUCCUACUGCCUUCCUCAACCCUCCACUCACUAUUUCAGAUUUUCGUAUGCAGGUGAUAUUGUUGUACCAGGGCCAGAGGGUGAUGACAGUGACCACCAGGAGUCCAGAUGGAUGUUUCAUCCUGCAGGGCCGUGUCCCUCUGGGAAAUGAGCGUAUCUACGGACCCUGCACCGCCCAGCAGCUCUCGUUCCCUUCCCCGGGCUCCAUAUCCCUGCCAUCAAGCAUGGCUGAAGCAAUGGCUCGCCUUCUUUGUCACCUGGAGAGGGGUGUGCUAUUAUGGGUGGCCCCAGAUGGGGUGUUCAUCAAGCGUUUCUGCCAGGGCAGGGUGUACUGGAGCGGUCCCAUGGCCGAACACACUGACCGGCCCAACAAACUGGAGCGAGAAAAGACCUUCAAACUGCUGGAUAUACAAACAUUUGUCCGUGAUCUUCAGAGUUGUUUACAAGGGAAAGGACCUACACCUUCUUAUGAGAUUGAACUCUGCUUUGGAGAGGAGUAUCCAGACCCCAAUGUACCAAAAACCAAGAAGCUGAUCAUGGCACAGGUGGUGCCAUUGUUUGCAGUGGAGCUUCUGCAGGGGCUCACCUUGGGGGAGACUGAAGAGAAGCAGCUGGCUCUUGGCGCCAACACAGAGGAAGAGAAGAUGUAGGGAGACUGCGAAAAGCUACUAUGUGCCAUGGCAACCACGAACAAUAUACAAACACAUUACUGGAGCUUUAUCCCUUUUCUUGUCAUCAUCAGGAGAGACUUCCUAAGAGCAGGGCAAAAGACACAGAACAUUGUCAGUGGAGAUGUAUAUAUGAUGAAGAAGUGAUGGACAUGCUGCAGUGUAAACCUAUUUGAAAUGCAAGAAGGAAAAUUCAAAGCAACAUUUAUUUUUACCUUAUGAUUUUUUUCCCCCAUCCAGCAGAGUUAUCAGCUGUAGUUGAAGAAAACAAGUUAAACAAAUAAAACAUGCUGAAAUGCUGAUUACAUACUGUUGAUGUAAAAGUUAUGCAUUUUUAUCUUUAUCUCAUAUUCAGCAUAUGUUUUAAAUGAUAACUUGAACAUAUAGUACUUUACAGCACAUCCAGAGAAUAAAUUGACACGUUUAAUUAAAUCUAUAAA